AUGGGAUUAUUACCUAGAGUUACAGAAAGUGAAGAUGUUGUUGAUGAUGAUGUGAUUACUCCAUACAAUUUCUCAGUUGUUGAAACUGGGAUUUACAGAUGUGGUUUUCCGCCAGGUUUUCCAGAACCUCGUUAUUUCGCAUUCAUAAAAACACUAAACCUGCGAUCCAUCGUAUGUUUUUGUCUUGAACCGUAUCCUGAAGAGACUGUAAAGUUUCUACAAGCGCACAAUAUUAAGCUUUUUCAGUUUGGUAUUCAAGGGGGAACUGUGGAUCCUUUGGCGCCUCCAGAAGAUGCAAUCGCGAAAAGUAUUAGAAAAAGAAGAAAGAAAGAUAUGAUCACGGAAGGUUUACAAGUGUUGUUUGAUGAAAGAAAUCAUCCGAUUUUGAUUCAUUGCAGACAUGGAAACCAUAGGACGGGGAUUGUUGUUGGUUGUUAUAGAAAGUUGAAGCAGAAUUGGUGUUUGCCUUGUGUGCUCGAGGAAUACGAGAGAUUGUCAGGUGAGACUGCUAGGCAGAGCGAUAUGAAGUUCAUCGAAAACUACGAAGCGCAUGACACACUUGAUGCCUCCGGUUAA